AUGCCAGAUAACAAAGCUCCAGGAAUCGAGAAAAUACCGAUCCGUGUCAUUAAGGACUGUUUACCCGUUAUUUCGCCAUGGAUAACCUCAAUCAUAAACAACUCUCUGGCGAACAAUAUAUUCCCGAAUACUUGGAAAAUCGCGGAAGUAACUCCCAUUCCAAAAGAAGGUGAUCAUGAGCUGGCGAACAAUAACCGACCCAUUUCCCUAUUACCAGUUCUUUCAAAAGUAUGUGAGCGUGUAGCACUCCACCAACUGACGUCUUACCUAACCACCAAUCACCGUCUCUCUGUGCAUCAAAGUGGCAACAAAACCUGGCAUUCAACGGAAACCUCCCUUAUUCAUUCCACCGACUCUAUUCUAAAAGCAAUUGACCAGAAGAAAGUAACAGCAGUUAUUCUUUUGGACAUGAGCAAAGCUUUUGACAACAUUAACCAUAAUAUACUGCUUGCUAAAUUGGAGGACGUUGGUGUCUCGUCUAGAUGCCUGGGUUGGCUUAAAAGUUACCUCACCGAGAGAUACCAAGCAGUACGUAUCAACUCUGCUCUAUCUGAGAAAUUGCCAGUUGUUAGCGGUGUCCCACAGGGAAGUAUUCUGGGCCCGUUACUUUUCAGUAUUUAUGUGAAUGAUUUGCCGUCAGUCGCCAAAAAUUGUUCAUCAGAAUCGUAUGUUGAUGACACCAAACUCCUUCUGUCCUUCCGAAUUGAUGACUCGAACAUUGCGCUGACUGAUCUAAACGAGGAUUUGAUUAGAAUGCGAAACUGGUGUUUUGAUAACCUGCUCUUGCUGAAUCCAGACAAAACUAAAUUGAUGGUCUACGGAAGCCGCCAAAUGCUCGCGAAGUUACCUGAUUUUAGACUCUCGCUACUUGGUAAGAAACUAACACCUGCUUCAUCAGUGAAAGAUCUCGGA